UCUCACUCUCCCGCGCGCGCUCUCUCUCUCGCUCCGGAGCCCCUUCGCCACGGAGCUCCGCGCGCCUCGCCUCCUCUUCCUCCUCGCCUUCCUCCCUCGCCCUCGACGGAGCCCCAGAAAAGCGCAGGCAGAGCGGAGCGGAGGGGAGACAGAGCUGCCGGAGCAGCAAGCGAAGGCUCGGCCGGCUGGCGUGCGUCUGUUUGGAUUUCUCUAGGAUUCUCCCUCCUCCUCCGACACCUCCUCCUCCUCCUCCUCUAUCGCUUCCUCCUCCUCCUCCUCCUCCACCUCCUCCUCCUCCUCCCUCUCGACUACCAUGGAUGUCCCACCAUUCCUUGCAGUCGAAGGUUGCUCCUUGGCGCAGUGAAGGAAGAUCAUGCCGGGAUUGCUAAUGGCUCUGGGAAGCAGGAGCGCGGCGGCCGUGGCGGCAGUGGCGGAUCUCCCUUCGGCGUGACCAUGCCGUGAUCGCCUGGCCGGCCCCCAGCACUCCCAAGCGCCUCGCCUCACCUCCGAGAGGGGGGGUCACGAAAGACACCCUCCCCAAUUCACAACAACAACAAUCAUAGAACAAUAACAACACGCCACCUCCCGACCUAGUCCCACCCGCCCGCCCGCCCGCCCUGUCGUUUGGGAGAAAAGGGGGAAACCCACCCGCCCGAGAGGACAAACAAACCCAAACACACACAAAUCCGGCGCGCUGGUGUGCAGAGGGAACACCAUGAAGAUUAUUUCCCCGAUUCUAAGCCAUCCAGUCUUCAGAGGCACCCUUCGGCUCCUGUUUUGCUUACUGUGGAUUGGAUAUUCCCAAGGAACCACGCAUGUGUUGAGAUUCGGGGGUAUUUUUGAAUGUGUGGAAUCUGGCCCAACAGGAGCAAUGGGAGCAGAGGAACUGGCCUUCCGGUUUGCUGUGAACACAAUAAACAGAAAUAGAACUCUGUUACCAAAUACCACAUUAACCUAUGAUACCCAGAAGAUAAAUCUCUAUGACAGUUUUGAAGCAUCCAAAAAAGCUUGUGAUCAGCUCUCUCUUGGAGUAGCAGCCAUCUUUGGGCCUUCACACAGCUCUUCAGCUAAUGCAGUGCAAUCUAUCUGCAAUGCGUUGGGGGUUCCACAUAUACAGACGCGCUGGAAGCACCAGGUUUCAGACAACAAAGACUCCUUUUAUGUCAGCCUUUACCCAGAUUUCUCUUCACUCAGCCGUGCCAUCCUUGACCUUGUGCAGUUCUUCAAGUGGAAAACUGUCACAGUUGUUUACGAUGACAGCACAGGUCUUAUUCGAUUACAAGAGCUCAUUAAAGCACCAUCACGAUACAACCUGCGCCUCAAAAUCCGCCAGUUACCAGCUGACACAAAGGAUGCCAAGCCCUUGCUCAAGGAGAUGAAAAGAGGCAAGGAAUUCCAUGUCAUCUUUGACUGUAGUCAUGAGAUGGCAGCAGGCAUUUUAAAGCAGGCUCUAGCAAUGGGAAUGAUGACGGAAUACUAUCAUUACAUCUUUACCACAUUGGACCUCUUUGCUCUUGAUGUGGAACCAUAUCGGUACAGUGGGGUUAAUAUGACUGGAUUCAGGAUUUUGAACACUGAAAACAGCCAGGUGUCAUCCAUCAUUGAAAAGUGGUCCAUGGAACGAUUACAGGCACCUCCAAAGCCUGAUUCAGGGUUGCUGGAUGGAUUCAUGACGACGGACGCAGCUUUAAUGUAUGAUGCUGUUCAUGUGGUGUCAGUGGCUGUCCAGCAGUUCCCACAGAUGACUGUCAGUUCGUUGCAGUGUAAUCGGCACAAACCAUGGCGCUUUGGGACCCGCUUCAUGAAUCUCAUUAAAGAGGCUCACUGGGAAGGCCUCACUGGCAGGAUAACUUUCAACAAAACUAAUGGCUUAAGGACAGAUUUUGACUUAGAUGUGAUUAGCCUUAAGGAAGAAGGUCUUGAAAAGAUUGGAACUUGGGAUCCUGCAAGUGGCCUUAAUAUGACUGAGAAUCAGAAAGGAAAACCAGCAAACAUUACUGACUCCCUGUCUAAUCGUUCUUUAACUGUAACCACCAUUUUGGAAGAGCCAUAUGUGAUGUUCAAGAAGUCAGAUAAACCUUUGUAUGGGAAUGAUAGAUUUGAGGGAUAUUGCAUCGAUCUUCUCAGGGAAUUAUCAACCUUCCUUGGAUUUACCUAUGAAAUCAGGCUCGUGGAAGAUGGAAAAUAUGGAGCCCGAGACGAUGCCAGUGGACAAUGGAAUGGCAUGGUUCGUGAAUUAAUUGACCAUAAAGCUGACCUUGCUGUGGCCCCAUUGGCUAUUACAUAUGUUCGAGAGACUGUCAUCGACUUUUCCAAGCCAUUUAUGACUCUCGGAAUAAGUAUUUUGUACCGAAAACCCAAUGGUACAAACCCGGGCGUCUUCUCCUUCCUGAAUCCUCUCUCCCCUGAUAUCUGGAUGUAUAUUCUGCUGGCUUACUUGGGUGUCAGUUGUGUGCUCUUUGUCAUAGCCAGGUUUAGUCCCUAUGAGUGGUAUAACCCACACCCUUGCAACCCCGACUCAGACGUGGUGGAAAACAAUUUUACCUUGCUAAAUAGUUUCUGGUUUGGAGUUGGAGCUCUCAUGCAGCAAGGUUCCGAGCUCAUGCCCAAAGCCCUCUCCACCAGGAUAGUGGGAGGCAUUUGGUGGUUUUUCACACUUAUCAUCAUUUCCUCGUACACUGCUAAUCUAGCCGCCUUUCUGACAGUGGAGCGCAUGGAAUCCCCCAUCGAUUCAGCAGACGAUUUAGCAAAACAGACAAAAAUAGAAUAUGGCGCAGUUGAAGAUGGAGCAACCAUGACUUUUUUUAAGAAAUCAAAAAUCGCCACGUAUGAAAAAAUGUGGGCUUUUAUGAAUAGCAGGAGACAGUCAGUGCUUGUCAAAAGUAAUGAAGAAGGCAUCCAGCGUGUACUCACAUCAGAUUAUGCCUUUCUAAUGGAGUCAACUACCAUUGAGUUUGUUACGCAGCGAAACUGUAACCUCACACAAAUUGGAGGCCUGAUUGAUUCCAAAGGCUAUGGAGUUGGAACUCCCAUGGGGUCUCCAUACAGAGACAAGAUAACAAUAGCAAUUCUUCACUUGCAAGAGGAAGGCAAACUCCACAUGAUGAAGGAGAAAUGGUGGAGAGGCAAUGGCUGUCCAGAAGAAGAGAGCAAAGACGCCAGUGCGCUUGGAGUACAAAAUAUUGGUGGCAUCUUCAUUGUUUUGGCGGCAGGAUUGGUACUUUCCGUCUUUGUGGCAGUGGGGGAGUUUUUGUACAAAUCCAAAAAAAACGCCCAGUUGGAAAAGAGGUCCUUCUGUAGUGCUAUGGUAGAGGAGCUGAGGAUGUCUCUGAAGUGUCAGCGUCGGUUAAAACACAAACCGCAGGCUCCUGUUAUUGUGAAAACAGAAGAGGUCAUCAACAUGCACACAUUUAAUGACAGAAGGUUGCCAGGUAAAGAAACUAUGGCAUAGAGCUGGGAAGCCAAACAACCCCAAGCACAAACUAUUGUCCUUUAUUUUAUUUUUUCUUCUUUUUUCCCAAAACAACUUUUGCGAGAAUGUUUCCUGUGGAAAUAUGCAACUUGUGCAAAAUAAAAUGAGUUACCUCAUGCCGCUGUGUCUAUGAACUAGAGACUCCGUGAUCUAAGCAGUUGCAAAGGCCAGACUCCAAUUCACAAGCAUCAUGGAUCAACCAAGUUUCUAAGGGGAGGGAGGGCUGUGGGUGUGGGCAUUCCACCAUUUGUCACGGGUUCCACCAUUCCUUAAUGAAUGAAAGUUCUUUGUGAGUUUUAUGGCUGGCUACAAAUACAGUCUCAGUGAGAAACGGCAAGUCCCUUUUCUGAAGUUCAUCUGCUGCCAGGGGCUGGAGAAGCAAUUGAACAACUAAAGAAACUAACUACCAGAGAAGUCUUUGAAAAAUAAUAGCUCAGAACUCUUGUAGGGGAAGAAGAAAAAACAGACUUUGUUUUGUACUCUUAAGUGUAGAAGACCUUGUAUCUGCUGGCCAAAGUCAGCAUGGUGGUCAUGCCAGCUGAUAUGAGCUUAUUUAACGGCAAAGUCCAGAACAUUCAAAAAUGGAAUCUCCCAAAAUAGAAGAAUGAAUACAGGAAGUGUUACCUGCUUUUUGAUUGUCUCUGUGUCAUUGACCUGAAUAAAAGUAAAACCACUCAGUCAGGCAGUAGAAAGUUGCAUAGUUCACCUAUACUGGAACUCUGUUGUAUCAGAACUCAAAAGAGGUGGACCCUAUGUUGGAUGACACAAAAAGUUUCCCUGUCAUUUCUUUUUUUUAUAUAAAAAAACACACAAUGUACCCUUUGUUGCUUAGAUCUAAGCAAUUACUUGAUUGUUCAACUGUGAAGCAAAGAGCAUAUCUGACAUAAUGAAGGUGGUGGUUAUUUUUAGCCAAGAAAGGGUUUGGGCAUCUCUUAUCUCUGGUUUGAAAUGAACUUGAUAGAGCCUGUAGAAUUGUUGCUAAUAGUGGGAAAAAGGAUGGAUCACAUAAAAAGGAAAGAAUGUGUAGAACUUAAAAGUUAAGGGUGUUUAAAUGAGUAAAAUUCUUGAGCAGUUCCUCCCCCCACCCCCACCCCCAAAUACAAGGAGAAAAGGUUCAAGUUUAUUUGUGGAAAUGCAAGAUUUCUAUGAAAAUAGUUUUUGUAUGGAAAUUUUUUGUAAUACUUUUUAAAUCAACAGUCUCAAGAACCUGUGAUCCAAUCAGGGGUGUGGUGCCAAGAGUGACUGGUAGUGUGUACGCAGCACCACCAACGUUUGGUGAAAACUAUUUUUAUCAAAGAAAAAAGGAGAAUCUUAGAAGAGAAAUAUUUUCAAGUUAGAUAAUAUAAAAUCUAGGUGCACUACCAAUACUACUUACCAUACCACACCCCUGGAUUUCACUAGCCUGAUAAUAUACUAUAAUGAAGAGACGUGUGUAAAUGAUGAAAGACACAGACCUCUUGACCACAUUGUGAUAACAGUUGAAGUGCACACAGUUUGCUGUUUGAAUCCAAUGCACAACAUUAAAAGAAAACCAACCACACACACAUUAACAAAAUUGUCAGUUCUUAGUUGUUUUGUGGGUUGGGUGGGUUGGGAUUGCUAUGUGAUUUGAGCAAUGUGUGCUCAGUACUGUCAGAAUUGGUACUCACAACCUUCUUAUAUUGGGGUCUUCUUCUGCAAACAUUUACUACCCAACAUUUACUUUGGCAAGAAUAUUAGCAUCUGUAAAGUGUUUGCAGGUUGAGGCUUAUUCUUCCUUUCAAUGAAUCUCUAACACCUGGACACAAAUGAAUAUAAAUCCUUUCUGUAUGAACGUUCUAGGAAGGAAUGCCCAUUGCCCAAUGUGUUCAUGUGAAACUUUUGUUAAUUCCAACUUGAAUGUACACUGGAGAAGCACCUCUCUAUUGCUCCCCCAUAGCCCUUUUUGGGAAACACCUAUGCUAGUGAUAUUUAAAAUAACAACAACAGAUGCUUAAACUGCCUUUCUGGUGCUCAGUCAGAUAUGAUACCGACCUAAUAAUUUUAACUUAGUCUUACUGUACAUUUGUAUCCUGAAAAUGAAAAUGUAUAAUGGUGCGAUAUGUAGGGACACUUGCCUACACCCACAAUUUAUAAAUAUAGCUUUUUAUUCCAAACAGAUCAUUUAUUUCUUUUAUUUUCUUUUUUAAUAAACAAGAUCCAAACACUA